AUGAAGGCGGUCGAGCAUGGUAAGCAAUCCGCAAAUGGCGACGGCAUCCACAUGGAGGAGGUCGUCCCGUUCUUGGGCCCGGGAGGGGCAGAUUCGCCGGAGCGUGGGGCGCCCGCGGACGGCGGGCGGCCCCGCCGCAGGGUGGCGGACGUCGGGGAGGAGUUCGCGGUGGACGACGCGGUGGAGGCCGUGGGCAUGGGGCGCUUCCAGGCCCUCCUGCUGCUGGUGGUGGGGACGUGCGUGGCGGGCAAGGGCGCCACCAUCACGCUUGGCGCCUUCAUAUUCCCGGGGGCAAAGUGCGAUUUCAAUCUGACGCACUCCCAGGAGAGCAAGCUCACAGUCUGGGUGUUCAUAGGGGUCACUGUGGGAUCCUUCGUCUGGGGACUUAUUGGGGACAUGGCUGGACGAAGGAUUUCCAUUGUUGUGGCCACGUUGGGCGGAAUUGUGAUGAGCUGCGCGGCUACUUUAGCUCCUAACAUACAGUGGCUGUCGGCGAGCUUACUCAUCCUUGGGUUCACAAUGGCCGGGCAACUCACCGACCUUGCGUAUCUGCUUGAGUACACUCCUGCGGCAUACCGUGGCAAGUUCGCCCUGGCGCUGGGGCUGGCGUGGGCCAUUGGCACGACGGGAGAUGCAGCACUCGCAUGGCUCAUAAUGCCGGCGUACGGCUGGAGGGCGCUGGUGGUUGUCACAAACAUACCGUAUGCAAUCGCAGUACUUCUCCUUCUCCUGGUACCCGAAUCUGCACGCUAUCUGAUUGUGAAGGGUCGACAGGACGACGCACGGAAAGCCCUGGAUCGAAUGGCCAGAAUGAAUGGCGCUGUCCUGCCAAGAGAUGCGCAGCUGGUCUCGCCUGCGAUCAAGAGCGGCAACAAGAAGCUGUCCUUGAACGGGCUGUUUGAAAAGUCGAUCUCGUCACUGUCCAAGAUGUUCGAUUGCUCGUCCCUCCGCAUGUCUGUGCUGGUGAUGCACAUCUGGGUCGUCGGUGGAUUCAUAUACACCACGAUGCUGCUGAUGAACACUGAAGUCCACGCAUCGAAGAGCUCCUGCACGGGAGACCACACGAUGCCCUUGCACCUGUCGGACAGGAACUACAGAGAGAUCCUCAUAGUUUCGUGUGCGGAUCUGGUGGGCCAAUUCCUCCCGCUCCUGAUCAUCGACAGGCUUGGAAGGCAGUGGUCCAUGUUUGCCCUAUUCCUUGGCGCCUUUGCAUCAAUGCUCCCCAUCCUGGUGGCCAGGCCGGAUCCCACAGCGUCGUUGUUUGGCAUCCGUGCCUUUGCUCAGAGCGUCCAGCUGGUGGUGGGCGUGUACACGUCCGAGGCGUAUCCCACAGACAUACGGGCAUUCGCUCUGGGGAUGGGCCACACCAUCAGCAGCAUUGGUAGCGUAGGUGUGCCCCUCGUGGCUCAGGGAGUCCUACAUAAAUACGGAAUCCGCGCUUCAAUUGGCGUCCUCGUGGCCUUGUUGGCCACUGGCGCCGCCGCUGCUGUGGGUCUCCCCAUUGACACCACAGGCAAACCCCUAGAAGACACCGUCGACGAAGGAGGCCGGCGGAAAUCAAAGGCGCACGACCAGCAAUCAGAACAACUACGUUGCGUUUCCAUCAGCAGCUCGAAAGCCAAAUAG